AUGGAAAAUUCAAACAGCGUAAAAGCCCCUCUCACAAGCGUGGUUCCACUUUCGAAAUUCUGGAGCUAUUGGGCUACAGUUUACUAUCCCUUAGCCAGAGGGAGAUCGAAUCUGCAGGUUCUCACAGGCUGUACUGUUCAGAGAAUUGUCUUUGUCAUUCUUGCACCUAACAUUAGAGCUACGGAUGUGCAUUACCUCUCUGAUAUUGGUUUUUUGGCACAGGGUCAGACCAGUACCUGUUCUAUGUUGCCGAAGAAAAACGCUGGAGUUGCAGACGAAAAUCUUCUUGUCUAUGGCACUUCGAACCUGCGAAUCAUAGACGCAACUAUUUUUCCAUUAAUAAUCAGAGGAACUCCCCAAGCGGCCAUGCAUGCUGUCGCCGAAAGAGCGGCAGAUAUCAUUAAAACGUGUCAUGGCACUCAAUUGCGACGAGAUAAAGUCUUAAUUUGA